ACGUAACAACAUCACCAGUCAGUUCUCGGAGUGCCACGGGGAAGGAGGUCGGCGGUCGGCGCGCUAAAAUGUGGCGGUUUCUCCUUUUCUUCUCCCUCUGCCUCGCCUUCCAGCCCGCCAAUGGCUACGUGGAGGACUACUACUGCGGGGAACAUAAUUGCUACGAGUUGUUGGAGCUGACGCGCGAUGCCACCAAGCAGGACAUCAAGCGUGCCUUCCGUGCCAUCGCCUCCAAGACUCACCCCGACCGCUUCCAGGACCCCGACAAGAAGAAGACAGCCGAGGAGAGGUUUAGGAUACUCUCCACAGCCUACGACAUCCUCCGUGACGAUGAGGCCCGCGAGGAUUAUGACUACAUGUUGGACCACCCCGAGCAGUUUUACCAGAACGUGUACCGAGCGUGGCGACGACGGGUGGCGCCACAUGUAGACGUGAGGAUAGUACUGGCCGUCACCAUCUCCCUCAUCUCCCUCGUCCAGUACUUCAAUGGAUGGAGCAAGUAUGAGGAGGCAAUCAAGUACUUUGCGGUGGUGCCCAAGUAUCGUCUGCAAGCGGUGGAGUUGGCCAAGCAGGAGGGGCUGUUGGUGACGGACAAAAAGCGUCUCAAGGGCAUGACCAAGGAGCAGAUCAAGGAGCAGGAGGAGAAGGCCAUCAGGAGCGUCAUCGAAAGCAAGAUGGACAUACGAGGGGUCUACGCCAAGCCAACCUACAAGGACAUCUUGUGGGUCCAGCUGGUCUUCCUGCCAUACUGGAGUCUGCAGUACUUGUGGUGGCACCUGCGCUGGGUCUGGAAGUUCUGGAUCCUGAAACACGACUACGGGGAGGAGGAGAAGUACUACAUCAUUCGCAAGUUCAUGGGACUCAGCCAAGGCCAGUUUGAAAAUCUGGACGAUCACGUUAAAGAAGGGUACCUGGAGGAGGAGCUUUGGCAGAGGGAGAACUUCAACGCUUGGAAGGCGGAGCGUGACAAGGAACAGAAGCUUAAGCUGGCCCAGUCUGGCAGGUACAAGUCCUACCGCCGGUACCUCAAGAACAAUGGACCCGGCCGAAUGUACUUUGACGACUCUUAAGCCUUGCCACGGGAACUCUGCCGCUGCUGCCACUACUACUACUACUACUACUACUACUUAAUCCGACCACCACCAUUAUUCUACUGUGGCUCACGACUGCUGGUAUCACUGGUAAACUACGACUACUGUUUUUAUACGAAUACAUCUACUACUACUACUACUACUACUACUGCUGCUACUGUUACUACUGCUGCAUAUGCCUCAGGUGUGUUUGUAGUAGCAGUUAAACAAAAGAACACUUCAUACGAUUUCGUCCUCCUGCAUGAAAAGAAUAAGAUCCAUGUUAUCAAACUCUUCAAAGGCUUAGUCCAUCUACAUUAAAAGGCUCUCGUGGAAGUUGUCGGGUUCCCAUGAGUGGUUUCCUGAGCCUGGCGGUACUCUUGCAAGGCUUCUGUGGUGUUAAGGGGACAAACACUCAUGACAACCCUAUAUAGCUCCUCUCCGUCCUUGGAGAACGUUCAUAGCAAGAGCCCCGAACAUUUGAUAAUAUGAGUGCAAGUUUCUUCUCCUGCGUCGUUUCUCUUGAUGUUUGGCAUUCACACCUGUCCUAACGAGGCAGGUGACGUGCAGCCCAGGUGUUGCUUUCCCUCAGCAUGGUUCUACGUGCCACUCCUUGGUUGGUUGCUCCGAGGCGACAUAAUAACCCUUUUGUACUGAGUAUACACGAGUAGAUACUUUAACUUAUUGUGUUGAGAAACUAUUAUUACCGUCACUACAGGGUUUGGUUUGCACUUGUUGGAGGUCCUCUUGAAAGCCCUGUCUGUCCAUUACUAACUUUUAACCUAAAUGAAAACUAGCAUACUGAUUUUAUUGAUGAAAUGGAAAAAAAUGUUAUCUAAAUAUUACCCUUUCAGUGAGGUAUAGAGGCAGAAAGGGGCAGAUCAGAGGACUUAGGAGCUAUAUUGACCAUCUAAUACCUCCUGUCUUCCCAUUUCUGCCCCCACUCAGAGCCACAGUAUAGGAGAGUUUGGCCAGCCUCAUCAUAGGCACCAUCUUUCUUCUCUUCUCGUUCUGGCGCCAUAUGACCACGCAGUUGCGGCGGCAAGAGAGAACGCCAAAAUAAUCAAUCAAUCUCUUCUCAUUUUAUAUCCUUAUUUCCCUUAAGGGGUUGGAUGGGCUAUGAGUCUCUCCCACCCUUGAUGGUCGUAUACUCUCUCCUUUCUGAUCUUCAUCCUUCUCAUGUCUUCCUCCACACACCAUCUUUAUGUCUUCUUCAGUCUUCCAGCUGGUCUCCUCCCUUCUGCCUCUAUCUCUGCAGCCAUGUUGUUACCAAAAUAGCCUGUGCAAAAUUCAGAUUGAUGAUGAUUUAAUAGCGUUUUUUGUGCUUUAGGUGUCAUCAGGAUCUCAAAGAAGUGCUUAGAGUGUAAAAAACAUUAUUGUAACAUCAUCAAUUUGAGUUUCACAUGGGUCUUUUGAUAACAGCAUGGGACCUUUGAUAAACUUGGGCAAACUCUUCUAUUCUAUGGCUCUGCCCUGACCCAGUAAGCUGAGAGGGAACAUUUGGUCUUGUAGGGGAACCUCUGACAGAUGGGAACAAAACCUGCCGUGCUGCACUACUACUAAGAGGAGUAGUGUGAGCACCUCAAUGCCAUUUGUACAUAUGCAAAUCAAACAUACCUAUGCUAGGCCUGUAAGGAGUACCACAGUGAGCCAUCCUAAUGUGCUGCAGUCAUGUCACCACUGUACAUAGUGUUUGGUUACCAGACUGUGACCAUGACAUAUCUCCCGACCCUGAAAGACCCCUCAUGUCUUGCCAAGGGGUCCUUCAGGGAGGGGAUUGAAGUGAAUCUAACUCAUACUCUGCCAGAAAAUUGGGUUAGAUGUGACAAAAGUUGAGUACUAUUAACUUGAUGAAAAUUAGAAUGAUAGCUAACAAAAUGUGCCUAAAAUAUGGGGUUAAGCUGGAUUAGAAUUGAGCUCUGACACAUGAUAUUAUUGAUUGGUAGAAGUGGUCGCAGGAGGGAGGGUGGUGGUGCAACUACUACUUAAUAGGGUUAAAAUUGAAUAUCAACACUUGAGAUAUGGUGAUGAAUAAUCUAAUUGACUCAAAGAGAGAGGGAGGAGGAAGGGGAAGUAGGAGGCACCCGCUGUAGUAGUUUUGUUUUGUUAAUAAUUACAUCGUCACUGCUUCUCCCGCCUGCAGAAACUUGUGCCUUGCGCCAAGGUCAGUCACUCUCCGUUCUCUUCACUCCGUUGUGAUCCAGGAAGCUCUGAUGCCAACACUGAAAAAUUUACCUGUUUGCUGAAUCACACUCGAGAUUUGUUGGAUAUUAUAUUUUCUGUAUAAGUUAUUGUGUGAGGAUAAAACCUUAGUCAGGCAGUUUGUCAAGGAUGAAUUUGUCACUCAUUCUAGCAAGGAUUGUUUUCCAAGGUGAGGCCAAGAAUCUCAUCCCAGCUCAAUGAGACUGUGGUGUGUUGAGCUAUGGUUUGCAACACAGUGAUGCCACUUCAGCUGAUGAAACAAACCCUAAACUUUUAUUCAGACCGGUACUUUGUAUGUGUGCGUGUGGGUGUCUGGUUGUUUGAUUCUUAGGAAUCUCGUCCUGGUUGUGGUGCAGAGGUGGGCUGGGCUGGGCUGGGCUGGUUCAUGUUACUCCUGAAGUCAUUUUUAUUUAUUGGUCAAAUAUUUGGCCUGAGUAUGAUAGUGUUAGUGACUUGGUUUUAUACAUUGGUUUUGGCUGCACAAAGUGUACUGAAGAGUAUCAUUGUCAUUAUUGAUAUUUUGUACAAAGCCCUUUCCUUGCAAUGAUUUUGUUUUCAAUGUUCCAACACUGUAGUGUGACGAGGAGGUGUGGCACUGGGAGUCUCCCUAAUGCCUCGCCUCCCAACCCACUCAACAAAGAAAAUAAAAGUUAUCUGUCAAAGAAGUUGAUAAGAAAUAUUCAUGGACAUUGAUUUUCAUUAUCUCCUCAAUUGAGUAAGUCUUCUAUGGAUUCAUACUUUGUAUGUUUUAAAAUUUUACUCAUCAUUACAAAUAUAAAAGCUUCCUUGCCAGGGCCCUGAACAAGGGCGUUGUUUGUGCAGCGCAGAUUUGUCGCAUAAAAAAAGGCAAAGGUACUGGUGUAUGAGUUUUUUCCUUGUUGAGUGUGCCACCACUAAGGAACACCUGUCUGGGUCUCAGAGCUCACCUGCACAACUUGUUUUCUUUCAUAUUUUGUAUGUAUAACUUCAUGGUUGGCAUGACUUUCAUUUGUCAUUUGUAAAGGUGAAUGUUUGUGUGUGUGUGUGUGUGUGUGUGUGUGUGUCCACCUUACUCUGACUUACCCACCCACUCCUGCAACCAAUACUACUACUACUACCUCAGCUAUUACUAUUACUUAUAAAAAUGAUAAUGCUCUGCUACUACUACCACUAAUAAUAAUAAUGAUAAUGAUAAUAACAAGUAAUAAUAAUGCUACUACUACCUACCCCUUCUAUCACCACAGCUACUGCUACUUCUAUUGCUUCUAUUAUUAUUGUUAUUGUCACUGAAAUUGCAGAACUGAGCAUUAAUUAGUGAUAUUAUUUUGGGGUAGUCCAUUAUCAUUUCGUUGUGAAACUAACAUUUAUAUUAACUAACAAAAUGGACAGAAAGCUCAAUGUAUCAAUGUUUCAAUUUAUAAGAAUGUUUCCCUGGCAUUAGUGUAUGGCUUGAAAAAAAAUAGGUGAAAAGUGUG